GGUGGAGCUGUUCACGUGCACACACAUACAUGAAUCUGCCCGCAACAUACUGUGCGUAACGUGCGUUGAGUGUGUUACCAAUAAAUGAUAAUUGUAAAUUGAUAAGAUUAUAAUUUAAAGACGUUACAAACAAUUGACAUUAAAGCCAUAGGAUUAAAACAUUGCUUUGGUUCUUUUCACACCACACUUCUGUGAACAACAAAUCUGCUUUAAGUGUGGAAAUUAUAGCAAUGAAUUGUGGGUUUUGAUGAAACUUGCUGUCAAAAACAAACUGCACAUACAGUCACAUUUGCAGAUUGUAAAGACUUGCUCAAGAUCAUUUCCACAUUGGUGGUACACUGAAGAAGCCCACCAUGUUAACACGCACAGACCAAUCAGAUUGUUUUGAUAGUGUUCCCUCCCAUUUCAUUGUUCUCUCCCAUUUGAUAGAAUAACAUUAAGAUUAAUCAUCUUGCAGUACGAUCUUAAUGAACUGCUGUCUCAAGUGGAAAAUGUUGGCCAUAUUUUGUGUCGCUCUGGUGUUCACAAUUGGCCGUAAGUAUUCAUAUAGAAUUCAGUUUCACUUAUGUUUCUCUUAUUGUCACCUUGUUAUUGUAAAUUUGUGAAUGAUUUUGUAAUCACUGGUCUGCAUUUGAUUUGUUUUUCAGGAUGCAUAGAUGACCAAAGUUUUGUGACAAAGACUGUUGGUGUUGGAGAAGAUGUGACUCUAAUAUGUAGCCGCCAGUCUAGAUUAGCAGGAAUCUUAUUUUGGAUCAGACUUGCUCCUGGAAGCUUCCCUGAAAUCUUAGGAGCAACUUAUACUUUUGAUAAUGCAUACGUUAAUAAGACUCCUCGCAUUACAGCAAAACAAGAGCCUGGAACAUUUGUUCUACAUAUGACCCAAACAGAGCUGAGCGAUACUGCAUUUUACUACUGUGAACAAGUGGUUGAACUGCAGACAACGUUUCUGAGUAAAACCUUUCUGAGAGUCAAAGAGCCAGAACCUCAUAUCAUUUUCGUCAUUCAAGACUUUCCAUCUGAUCCAGUUCGCCCAGGACACUUAGUGAGUCUGCAGUGUUCAGUCCUCUCUGACCCUGAAAGUAGAACAUGUCCUGGAGAACACAGCGUGUACUGGUUCAGAGCCGGAUCAGAAGGAUCUCAUCCCAGUGUCAUUUAUGCUCAUAAAAACAGUGGGGAUGAAUGUGAGAAGAGUCCUGAGGCUCGCUCUCCACAGAAAUGUGUCUACAGCUUCUCUAAGAACAUCAGCUCAUCUGAUGCUGGGAUUUAUUACUGUGCUGUGGCUGCAUGUGGGGAGAUAUUAUUUGGAAAUGGAACAAAGCUGGACACUGAAGAUUCCCUGAGGUCCAAUACAAUUCUGUUUCUGUCGUGUGCUGCUUUGGCUAUCAGUCUGAUUGUUAUAGCCAUACUGAUGUACACUGUGCAGAACAAAAAGUGCAAUGGUUGUAAUGCUGUUGCUGCUGCCCUGCAAACAAAUGCUGCAACAACCACUGGUGAUCAACAAAGUCAGCAGACAGAUGAAGACACAUUGGUUUAUUCUGUGGCAAACUUCAACAGACGGAAAUGUGGCAGGAAUGUAAAUAGAAGUGCAAAUACAUUCGAGGGAGAGAGCAUCUACACAGAUGUCAGGGUUUUGGGGUAGGAACAGAAACAUGUACAACAAAGUUCCUAAUUGAUUUUUGUUUAAUGUGUGCAUGGUACACCAUGCUGCAGAUAUUUAGCAGGAUGUUUUCUGCUGUAUGGAAUGAAAUAAAAAUUAGUUCCUGUACACAUUUGGACCAGAUCUUUAAAUUUAUUGAAAUUUAUUUUUAUUUUUUUCUUACUGUAUAGUUUAAGCCAGCAUUGAUAUGUAUGAUAGGGGCUGCAUUGCAAGGUCACUUUGAAAUGUGUUUCCAAUCCUGCCUGUCUCUUUUGUAUGUAAUAGGAAUAUUAAGCUCUUACGUGGAAAGUUUAUUUUCAAGCUUUCUAUAUGAUAACAUUCUUGGACAAAUAAAUGACAAAUGGAAUUAAAGAUUCAAGUCUUAUAAACCUGACCUUCA